CAAGAAGGAUCAUGCUCCGACACUGUUGCAGUGUCUCGACUGCGCUCGUUUCUCCUCUCUCUCUCUCACCACGACAUUGUAACCUCUUCUCUUGCACGACCUUUUUUCCCCCAUCAUGUUCUUUUGUAUUCCAAUAUUAGUGGGCUGUCAGACCAAUGUUAAGCCUGAUAGUCCAGAGCAAGUUGCCUAUAUCUGCCCUCGCUGCAACAAUGCUUCUGUCAUCGCUGCAAGACAGAAGACUUGGUUCGAAUUCUUCUUCAUUCCAAUAGUGCCCCUUUCGUCCAAGCACAUUUGGCUCUGUACUAUCUGCCAGUGGCGGUCGCCACUCGGACCAAGCUAUGCGGAGCCUGCCAUCGCCUUUAACCCAGGAUAUAAUCCUGGCUUCUCCAAUGGCUACAAUCCAGCCUAUCAGAAGUAAUUAUGAAAAUUAAGGUCCCUUAUUCGACCUUCAAAGUUCAACUAGCGCGUCAUAUAAGGAUGGCCGAUACCCCCGUUAUCAUUGUAAACGUCAUGUCUU